GCACGCGUGUCUGCGCCGUGUUUGAGGGGGCGCAAGAUGGCGGCGGGCGACGCGGUUGGGAGGUACCGCGGCACGGUGGGCAGGAGCAAGGACCCCUCGGGGCUGCUCAUCUCGGUUAUCAGGACUUUAUCCACCAGCGAUGACGUGGAGGACAGGGAGAACGAGAAGGGGCGGCUGGAGGAGGCGUACGAGAAGUGCGACCGCGACCUGGACGAGCUGAUCGUGCAGCACUACACGGAGCUGACCACGGCCAUCCGCACCUACCAGAGCAUCACCGAGCGCAUCACCAACUCCCGCAACAAGAUCAGGCAGGUGAAGGAGAACCUGCUGUCCUGCAAGAUGCUGCUGCACUGCAAGCGGGACGAGCUGCGCAAGCUGUGGAUCGAGGGCAUCGAGCACAAGCACGUCCUGAACCUGCUGGAUGAGAUUGAGAACAUCAAGCAGGUCCCUCAGAAACUGGAGCAGUGCAUGGCCAGCAAGCGCUACCUCAACGCCACGGACAUGCUGGUGUCAGCAGUUGAUUCCCUGGAGGGUCCCCUCCUGCAGGUGGAGGGGCUGAGUGACCUGAGGCUGGAGCUGCACAGCAAGAAGAUGAACCUGCACCUGGUGCUGAUCGACGAGCUGCACCGGCACCUCUACAUCAAAUCCACCAACCGCGUGGGGCAGCGCGGCAAGGACAGAGCCAGGCUCGGAUCCCUUGUGAAAGACGCCUCUCCUGUGCCUCUGAUGGAUGUCACUAAUUUAUCUACACCUCGGAAAUUCCUUGAAACUUCCCAGUUCAGUACCCCUGGAAGCUCCAGCAUGCGAGACUCGAGCCUUCUGGAAAUCAAAGAGGACACAGACCUGGAUCCAGAGGAGAACAGUGCUGUCUUCAUGGGAAUCCUCAUCAAGGGGCUGGCCAAGCUGAAGAAAAUCCCAGAAACAGUGAAAGCCAUCCAGGAUCGCUUGGAACAGGAGCUCAAGCAGAUCGUGAAACGCUCCACCACUCAGGUGGCUGACAGUAGUUACCAGAGAGGGGAGAACAUUUCCCAGGAAAACCAGCCUAGGUUGCUGCUGGAGCUGCUGGAGCUGCUCUUUGACAAGUUCAACGCCGUGGCCGCCGCGCACUCGGUGGUGCUGGGCCACCUGCAGCAGACUGUGGCCUCCCCCUGCAGCCAGCACGAUGGGGACAUCAAGCUCUAUGACAUGGUGGAUGUGUGGGUGAAGAUCCAGGAUGUCCUGCAGAUGCUGCUGACCGAGUACCUGGACAUGAAGAACACGCGCACGGCCUCGGAGCCCUCGGCCCAGCUCAGCUACGCCAGCUCCGGCCGCGAGUUCGCCGCCUUCUUCGCCAAGAAGAAACCCCAGAGACCCAAAAACCCUCUCUUCAAGUUUGAAUCCUCAUCCCAUGCCAUCAGCAUGAGUGCCUACCUGAGGGAGCAGAGGAGGGAGCUGUACAGCAGGAGUGGGGAGCUGCAAGGAGGACCAGAUGAUAACUUAAUUGAAGGUGGUGGCUCCAAGUUUGUGUGCAAACCAGGAGCCAGGAACAUCACCAUCAUCUUUCACCCCCUGCUCAGGUUCAUCCAGGAGAUCGAGUUUGCCAUGGAGCUGGGCCCAGCCAAGCAGUGUCCCCUGAGGGAGUUCCUCACCAUGUACAUCAAGAACAUCUUCCUCAACCAGGUCCUGGCCGAGAUCAACAAAGAGAUCGAGGGCGUCACCAAGGCCUCGGACCCCCUGAAAAUCCUGGCCAAUGCUGACACCAUGAAGGUGCUGGGAGUGCAGAGGCCUCUGCUGCAGGUGCUGCUGGAAAAGGUGAAGGAGGAGAGGACUGACAGGUUUUCCUGUUUCAUCCUCCCCAACAAACCAGGGUGUUCCUCUCUUUGCAGGCAGUACUACGAGAUGCUCUACAACACAGCGGACGAGCUGCUGAACCUGGUGGUGGACCAGGGCGUGAAGUACACGGAGCUGGAGUACAUCUACGCCCUGAACCUGCUGCACCGCAGCCAGACGGGCGUGGGGGACCAAACCACGCAGAACAUGAGGCUGCAGCGCCUCAAGGAGAUCAUCUGUGAGCAGGCUGCCAUCAAACAGGCCACCAAGGACAAGAAGAUCACCACCGUGUGACGC